UUGUAUAAUUGUACAGAUUAAAUCAGUUUAUUACGAGUAACUCUUCGAAUUAUUAUCUAUUCAGAUGACAAGAAGUAAACUUUUGAAUUUUGCCUCUCCAUUUAGUUUUUAUAGAGCGCUGCAAGUUAGACGGCCCAUAAGCACAGGUCAAAUAGAUAGUGCAACUAAUCCAGAAGACUUGUACAGCCAUGCUAUAAAAGUUGCUAAUGAAAACAGUCGUGUCUCCGGUGUUUUUGAGGGAGCAGUUUUUGCCAACAAUGAAAUUUCUCUCCGGGAUAUUCAAAUAUGGGGGUUCGAUUACGAUUACACAAUAGCCAAGUACACAUCAGAAAUGAAUAGUCUAAUCUAUCGUCUAAUUGCCGAAAAACUGGUUCAUGGUAAAGGCUAUCCUAAAGAAAUUUUGAAUUUGAAGUACGAUUCAAAAGCGGUGCGUACUGGCCUGCACUAUGAUACUCAAUUGGGUCUCAUCUUGAAAAUUGACGCAUUUCACAAAAUACAACCAAACACUGUUUACAAAGGUCAUCGCAGAUUAUCAAGAGAGGAAGUUCUGAGUCAUUACGAUGGCUUCCACGUUAGGUUUGAUCACAUGAGUGGGUUCCAUGGUGGUGCUGAAGGUGUACAAAAAAUGAGACAGCUCACUGAUUUGUUUGCAUCCUCACAAAUAGCGCUUCUGGUUGACAUCCAACAAUUGUUCAUUGAUAUGCGAAUGGAGUAUGCUCCUGAAUAUCUUUACGAUGAUGUACAAGCGGCAGUAUCCUAUGUUCACAACAGUGGUGGUAUGCAUCAAGCAGUUGCACAAGAUGUAGAACAAUACGUAGACGCAGAUUUCACAAGAAAGUAUCUACCAUACAUGCUGAACGAGCUACAAAUCACGGGCCGAAAGCUAUUUCUGAUGACUAAUAGCGAGUUUUACUUUGUUGAUGCAGGCAUGAAGUACCUAAUUGGCAAAGAUUGGAGGGAUUUAUUCGAUGUCGUGAUCUGCAGCGCUAGAAAACCCAAGUUUUUUUCAGCCAGUGAAAAAGUGCGACCUUUCAGGCGACUUAACUUGUCCGAUGCAAAUAAGUCGGACUGGACGAAAAUAACAAAACUGGAAAAAGGGUCAGUUUACUUCCAAGGAAAUCUAAAUAGUUUCACGGAAAUGACAGGUUGGACUGGAAGAAAUGUUCUUUAUUUCGGUGACCACGUUUAUGGCGAUCUAGCCGAACCCGCAUUGAGAAACGGAUGGCGAACUGGCGCUAUAAUCUCAGAGCUUAGAGAUGAAAUUGAAAUUUACAAUAAUGAAGAAUUUCGAUCAAAGUUAGCACUGAAGUGUAGUCUGGAAAAUUUGAUCGAGAGGCUACAAGUGUCAAAAAAUCACGAGAAUAUUCGGGCGGCGAGAGAAAGUUGGAAAGUGGAGCGAGACCAGCUGAAAGAAGAGAUCAAAGACAUGAUGCAUCCUAAAUUUGGGUCAAUUUUCAGAUGUCACAAUAACCCUAGCUAUUUCUUCAGACGACUUAGUCGAUUCGCUGACUUGUACACUGGACAUCUAUGCAACUUCAUACACUACCCAAAAGACAGAACUUUUUAUCCCAAAAGAUACGCACUGCCACACGAGCGUUUCUUCAUGCGCACACCGGUGUUUGAGAGCUAACUAUCUGUCAUUUACAGUCUAUCCUGUCAACGACAUUACACUAUCAUUUUUGUAAAUACUAACAUAGUGUUAAGAAACAGAAAUGGGGGAGACUUCUAAAUGUCUGGAAUUAAAUACACUUCCAUGUAAUUUAUGUUGUAGCUAAGCCAUAGCUCAUACGUCCUCCCUUUGCCAAUCUCAGGUUAUAAUAUACAUGAAGUGUGUUUUCCCACUUAUUCAUCAAUCAGCAAGUGGCAUCAAUCCAGAACUAGACUUUCCCCUCUAAACAACUUCUCACAAAUAAAUGAAAAAUCGACCUUGUUUUAUUACGAAACCUCGCUAAUUUCCAAAUCCUUGGUAUAGUGGUAAAGUUGCGUACCGUGGGAGCCUAAGGUCUGUGAUAUGACUCCUGGUUUGAUCUUGUUUUUUUUUACAUCUGGAGUUUGAUUUUUUCAAGAAAAGUUUCAACUGUCGGAUCACCGGUUGUCUGCUGAUUUUUUUUGCCUUACUUUCCAAACAAUGAACUUUUUAGUGGGCCGUAUCUAACAUUUGUAAAGUUGCAGGUAAUUGUAUUUCAAGAUGUUGUUAAUUUCCGUUAUUAUAUUUCCAAGUAUUGUCUGACUAGUUGCUACUUGAUAUUUUUCCGUGCUAAUUUAACGUGUGAUGCAUCGCAAGUGUUGCGAAGCUAUGCUUCGUAUAUUGCCAAAUUUGAAAUAAAUAUUUCAGAUAUUUUUGUAAUAUUUUACUCUAUUUUAGUAUUCCAGAUAUUUUAAUAUUUUAGUAAUUUUUAGUCUGAAGAUUGUGUAUACUUGCAGGAAAAUAUACUUUAUACAACUAGUUAUGUCUUAAAAAAACUUAGAAAACCAAGAAUUACGAAUUAUCUUGUUGCUAAAUGUUUUUACGGCGAGCUUAGUGCUAUACUACAUUUACUUUUUUAAAAUCACAAGAGAGCUAGCGAGCUUAGUGUUAUACUACGAAUCCAUUUUUUUGUAACCCAAGUCUUCAACCCAAACAUUAAAACUUCUCUCUUGCUGUAUAGCAUGGUUUUGAUAUCCGCCUUCUUAGUGGCUCGUGCUUGUUUAAAUGCAAAAGCUCAUGGCGGAGGUUGGAGGUUGUGAGACUCUUAAUCUCUAUCCUUGAUCGG